AUGCGCAGUCACACUGCUAACAGUGAAAGAGCAAUGGCUGCAUCAGCGUUGGAAUGCUCAAUUGUCUAUAACAAAUUGCAUGUGGCACGCACACCUGACUGCACAGACCGCGUCCUUUUGAUUCAUUUGAUUGAUUCUUUCUUUCUUUCUUUCUUUCUUUCUUUCUUUCUUUUUAUAUUUCGCUUUUAUUUCUUCUCUUUAUUUCCUUUCUUUCUUUUCCCUUUAUAUCUUUUUCCUUCCUUCUUUCUUUCUUUUUUAUUUUCCAAAUUUUCUUCUUUCUUUUCCAAAUUGAUUAUUCUUUCUUUCUUUCUUUUUCUAUCUCUCUUUUCCAAAUUGAUUCUUCUUUCUUUCUUUCUUUCUUUCUUUCUUCCUUUCUUUCUUUCUUUCGUCUUAAUCAUCACUUAUCUGACUUUAUUUUCAUCUUUCUUCCCUUCUCUGUCAUCUCAUGUAAUUUCUUUCUUUCUUUCUUUCUUUCUUUCUUUCUUUUUUUCUUUCCAAAGUAAGUCUUCUUUCUUUCCUAAUUGA